UACCCUUGUUCAACGGUAGUGCUGAUCACUGUGGCCUCUUGUGUACGUUUUGUGGUAUACAAUGCAUCACGUAUAGCGUAAGCUCAAUAUUUUUCUCAAUUUUUUCGACAAAUUUCUGUACACGCCGCCAAUUUCGUGUGUUGUUUUGUGUUUUAAUUGAAUUUGGUCAAUGUGGCAUGGCGUGUGUAUUAAUUGUUUUUUAAACUAACAUUAAAAUUUGUGUUGUGUUUCGUUGGAUUUUUCUAUUUUUAUUUGUCAACGAUUAUACCUCGCGGUCGCCAUAACAUUUUUAAAUGUAAGAUGAGUCCAUCGCCUAAUCAUAACUCUAUAGCUCAUAGUUUAAAACAUAUUAUUAAACAUGAAAAAAAUGUUAUUCAUAUGGCAAAUGGUUGUCCCAUUAUAUUAAACACUGCACAUCCUUUAGCAGAAUUUGUAUCUGAUAGUCAAUCAGUGUUAAAUCCAAUGGCUACAAAUGAAACACCUUCAUGGGAUCUAACGUCAUAUGAGAAUCGUUUAAAAACAUUUAAUGAUGAAUGGAAGUUAGAGUUUUUAAGACCUACUCAAAUGGCCAAAGCGGGCUUGUAUUACUUAGGCAAACAAGAUAGAGUUAGAUGUAUGUUUUGCUCAAAAGAAUUUGACUAUUGGCAGCAAGGCGAUGAUCCACUCGUUGAACACAAGCGCAAAUCUCCACAAUGUCCAUUCUUUAAAGAAAAUUCAGGGUAUGAUGUCUGUGGGUUAUAUGGCUCACCUCCCUCAGAAAUAAAUUCUAGUGAAGAAGCAAAGAAGAUUCAAAGUUUUUUAGAUUCAUUAGGAGUUGUCCAACAAAUUAAAGCUCCUAAACAUAAAGAAUUUGCUACAUAUGAUGCUCGUUUAGCAACUUUUGAUAAAUGCCACAAAGAAAUGAAGCAAGAUGUACAGACCCUUAGUGAAGCUGGAUUUUUUUAUAUUGGUGAUGGUCAAAAUGACCAAAUGCUGUGCUUUUGCUGUAGUCAAGGACUCAAGGAUUGGGAGGAUGAUGAUGAACCUUGGACCGAGCAUGCUAGAUGGUCUCCUAAUUGUAGUUAUGUUUUGUUAAGUAAAGGUAAAACGUUUGUAGAUGAAGCAUGUGGUAAAAAAAACCAAAUUCCCACUAUUGAUCAAGAGGAAUUGUCUAAAUUUAUUGCUAAUCAUAAAGACAACUCUAUAUUGGAAAGUAAUAUUAAAGUCAAUUCAAUCAAAAGGUGUCACAUCAUGUUUCAACGCCACACUCCGAGAAAACAUGAACAAUCUGAAACUAUUGAUAGUAAUCAAAUGUCUGAAUCGAUAUCUGAAAUAAAUCUUCGUCUAUCCCAACAAGAUCCAAAUACUAUGCCAGAUUCUAUGUUGUGUAAAAUAUGUUAUAAAGAAAAAAUGAAAGUGGCAUUUAUUCCUUGUGGACAUGUUAUAGCUUGCAUUCAGUGUGCUAUGACUCUUGACCAAUGUGCUGUUUGUAGACAACCUUUCACAAUGGCAAUGCGAGUGUAUGUUUAUAUGGAUGAUAGUAAAAAUGAAGAGGUAAUUGAGGAUAUUGAUCAGUUACCAUGUAGUUCUUCACAGUGCUCAGAUGAACCUUUAGAUCCAAUGCUAUGUAGAAUAUGUCAUAAAGAAGAAAUGGAAGCAGCUUUCAUUCCUUGCAGACAUGUAUAUGCAUGUGUUGAAUGUGCAACUAAAAUAACAGAAUGUCCUGUAUGUUUACUUCCUUUCUAUGCAACUAUGCAAGUGUACUUAUAGGGGUCAUAAAAUCACUGAGUUACUCAGUGCAUACCAAAGAUUAUAACAUAUGACAAUAUUUUAAGUAUUUGAAUGUUCUUAAAGUCCUAUUAAUUUUAUUUAAUAUUGGUAAAAAGUGACAUUGUUUCCAAAGUUGAAUGGAAAUAUUAUUUGCAAAAAACAAUUGAAAAGUCGAAAAUGCAUUUAAAUUUUAAACAUCUCUAUUUAUUUUCUAUAUUAACAUCAUCAAAAAGUAUAUUCAAAUGUAUUAUGAUUUACCUAGUGAAUUGUUAUUAAAAAAAUAUUAAAGUUUAUUAAUAAAGUUCAUUUCUAAAUGCAUUUUGCUAUGUGAACAUGAAAAGAAAAAAAAUUGUCAUGGUUUUUAUUUUGAAUUGAUUGUUAAUUUAUUUUCUUUGUAUGUAUUUUAUUUUAGUAUGAAACCAUUCUAGUCGUAAAUUUUACAAUUUUUAAUGUAUAUAUUUUAAAGUCAAAACUCUUAACUUUAAGUAACACUAUAGAGGGUCAAUGCUUGAGAUUGCUUAUGUAAUAUUUUGGUGUUCAUAAGUACAAUAAUAGUAUAGCAUCAAUGAGACUGAUUUCUUAUGAACCCUUAUUUUUAUCAUGCUAUUAUAAAAAAUUGUUAAUUAGAUGUGUUUAACCCAAGAACCACUAAAUUUUUUUUUAUACAUUUAUUUGCACUUAGGUCACUGGCUAAUAAGUUUUCCCUUAAAAUAUUUUUGUAUAUACACAUUGUUUCCCCUCUUAAUAUCUGUUAAAUAUAAUUGAGUGAUAAAAACUUAUAAUAAAUGAAAAUUCAUAAUUAUUAAA